AUGGACUGCCUUGGUGGAGCUAGUUUCUCAUUAUUUCUCAACGCAAUUCCCUCCGAGGUCCUCACACUUCUGUCAAUGAUGCUGGAGUGUCUGGAUCCCGCUGGUGUCGAAGGCGCCCACCCGGUGUCCCCCAACAGCAGAAAUAACGUCACCAUCAUUUGCAUACUGCUGGCCUCUCAUUUCCUUCUUCAAGUUUGGGAGGAGGUGCCUCCAACCCCAACAGCCUCCAACCCUACCAUUGUCCAACCCCACCGACCUGCAACCCCCACCACUGUCCAACCCCACCUGCCUGCAACCCCACCAGCCUCCAACCCUGCAACCCCACCACUGUCCAACCCCACCGACCUGCAACCCCACCACUGUCCAACCUCACCGACCUGCAACCCCACCACUGUCCAACCCCAUCGACCUGCAACCCCACCACUGUCCAACCCCACCAGCCUCCAACCCUGCAACCCAACCACUGUCCAACCCCACCACUCUCCAACCUCACCGACCUGCAACCCCACCACUGUCCAACCCCAUCGACCUGCAACCCCACCACUGUCCAACCCCAUCGACCUGCAACCCCACCACUGUCCAACUCCAGCGACCUGCAACCCCCACCAGUCCAACCCCAUCGACCUGCAACCCCACCACUGUCCAACCCCACCGACCUGCAACCCCACCACUGUCCAACCCCACCGACCUGCAACCCCACCACUGUCCAACCCCACCGACCUGCAACCCCCACCACUGUCCAACCCCACCGACCUGCAACCCCACCACUGUCCAACCCCAUCGACCUGCAACCCCCACCAGUCCAACCCCAUCGACCUGCAACCCCACCACUGUCCAACCCCAUCGACCUGCAACCCCACCACUGUCCAACCCCAGCAACCUGCAACCCCCACCACUGUCCAACCCCAUCGACCUGCAAUCCCACCACUGUCCAACCCCAUCGACCUGCAACCCCACCACUGUCCAACCCCAUCAACCUGCAACCCCACCACUGUCCAACCCCAUCAACCUGCAACCCCACCAGUGUCCAACCCCAUCAACCUGCAACCCCACAACUGUCCAACCCCACUGACCUGCAACCCCACCACUGUCCAACCCCAUUACUGUCCAACCCCACCACUGUCCAACCCCACCACUGUCCAACCCCAUCGACCUGCAACCCCACCACUGUCCAACCCCACUGACCUGCAACCCCACCACUGUCCAACCCCAUCGACCUGCAACCCCACCACUGUCCAACCCCAUCGACCUGCAACCCCACCGACCUGCAACCCCACCACUGUCCAACCCCACCGACCUGCAACCCCACCACUGUCCAACCCCACCGACCUGCAACCCCACCACUGUCCAACCUCACUGACCUGCAACCCCACCACUGUCCAACCCCACCGACCUGCAACCCCACCACUGUCCAACCCCAUCGACCUGCAACCCCACCACUGUCCAACCCCACCGACCUGCAACCCCACCACUGUCCAACCCCACCACUGUCCAACCCCAUCGACCUGCAACCCCACCACUGUCCAACCUCACUGA